CCCCCCCCCCCCCAACCAAAACCAAAAAAAAAAAACACACAAAAACAAAAUUGUACUGUCUCCCUCUCUCUCUUUACGUUGCCAUUUGUUCCAGGACCUUUCAGAACCAAAUAAACUUUAGCAAUCGGGUUCUCGGAAAGCACUUUCUUUGCAUGAUCAGGGGUUUGGAGGUUGUGAUUCCCAUUAUAGCAUGAGUACUCGAGAUGUAAGGGCAACUCCUAGAAGGCAUACGAGGAAUCCGCGACACAGUAAGAGCGCACUAGAUGUGGACCUCAAUGCUGUGCCAGUGAGUGAGAACGCAGACCAGGAGGGGACUUCGGCUCAUGGGGGGUCUCAGAAUGUGCAAGCUGGCCUACAACGCAGCUCUGUACCAUCUGUGGCGAUUGAUCUCGAAGCUUUUGAUGAUGAUGUUAUUAUAUCUUCUUCCAGUGCAUUUGCUGAAGCUAAAACCAAUUCCAGAAAGAAUCGUGGAAGGACUGUCGUAGUUGAUGUAGAUUCAGAAGAACAGUCAUCUAGGUUGACUCUUAAUAAUCGCAACAAGCGUUCAAGGGUUUCUGCAAAUCAGACAAUUAUAAAUUGUGACUAUUACAUAAACUUGGAAGGAAGUAGCAACUCUAUGAGAGAGAAUGUGCAGAGUAUGGCGCCACCUCCUCUGCCCCCGCCACCGCCACCAAAAGAGCAUAUCUUCAAUUGUGCUAUUUGCCUGGGUCCAUUAGUUGAGGAAGUGUCUACAAAGUGUGGUCAUAUUUUUUGUAAGGCAUGCAUUAAGGCUGCAAUAAGUUCUCAGAGCAAAUGCCCUACCUGUCGGAGAAAAGUCACCAUGAAAGAUACCAUUAGGAUCUACCUUUCUGCAGCCAGUUGAGUGCAAGGCAUUUCGAAUUUUACUGCUCUUACUUGAAGCGGAAGUGUUGAUAGAUACAGGCUGCCUUGCUGAGCUUUGAGAGGAAUGAACCCAUGGUUUUUGGUGGUUUUAAACUCUUGGUGGGUUUUGGAUGUUGAAUUCACGAAGUAGUAGCUUUUUGGUUUAUAAACGAAAGGGCAUAUUGGCAAUAUCGACUUUUGGUAUGAAUUCAGUCCCAAUUGGUUGGUGGGGGGCUUUAGGUGAUUUAGAAAUCUGGGUGUCAUCUGUCUCUCACUUGGAAGAAAAUAACCUUUUUAGUUAAGUUAAUGAUCAUGGUUAUUAUCUUCUGUUUUUUUUUUUUUUUUCUCCAGAUUUUAUUGAAAGAUCUGGAAUUUAUGAGAAGGAUGGAUGCCGAGGGAAAGUGAUAUAUGGGCCAUGGGCUUUCUGGCAUCUAUUAGAUGGUUUCGUC